AUGCACACAACAAGAUCACCAACUUUAGCAAGUUCACCAACUACAACAACAACGACAACAACAACUCUUCUUCAAACUGAAAGUAGUGGCAGUACUAAUAGUGGUCCAAAUUCUCCACCAACAUUAAGACUUGUUCUUGGAAAACCACCAAAAAAAGAUAAAAAGAGAGUUCAAUGGAAUGAAGGGAUUGUAGAUAACGAAAAUUUAUCAAAAAAAAAAUCAAAAAAAUGUUGUAUCUUUCAUAAAAAGAAACCUUAUGAUGAAAGUAGUGAUGAAAGUGAAGACGAACAUAGAGCUAUAAAACAAAAACCAAAACAAAACGAAGAGUGCGAAUGUGAACAUGAACAUGGUGAUCAUAAUGACCAUGGUCAUGAAGAAAAUCAUUCUCAUUAA